CUUCAGCCACUCUGGGCGGCUCCCAACAGAAUAUUAAAAACAUGAGAAAACAUCAAACAUUAAAAGCUUCCCUUAACAGAUGUCUUCUAAAGUCAGAUAGUUGUUUAUUUCUUUGACAUUCUUUAAGGAUUUUAAGCAGUACCACAUCACUUUAAACCAGGGGUCAGCAAACUUUCAGCAGGGGGCCAGUCCACCGGGCCUCAGACCUUGUGGGAGUCCAGACUAUACAUUCUACUUACGUAAAAACACGCUGAUUCCUGGACCAUUUGCGGGCCAGAUUUAGAAGGUGAUUGGGCCUCAGUUUGCCCACCCAUGCUUUAAACCAGGCAUGUCUAGCCAGGUCGAUUUAAUGCGGCCCCCGUGGUAGUAUAUGUCUUGGGGUAAAAUCUUUUAAAAAGCUGGUCGGACCUCAUGCAUGCUCACUUCAUCAAAUCUGGCCCUCUUUGAAAAAAGUUUGGGCACCCCUGAUUUAAACAGUCGUGGCUUCCCCAAAGAAGCCUGGGAACUGUAGUUCGUUAUGGGUGCUUUUAGGAGAUGCCUGUUCCCCAAACAGAACUACAAUUCCCAGGGUUUGUUGGGAAAAGGAAGUAAUUGUUAGAACUGCUCUGUGAACUGUAGCUCCAUGAGGGGAACAGGUGUCUCCUAACAACUCUCAUCGCCCUUAACAAGCUAUGCUUCCUUCCCAGGUUGCUUUGAGGGAAGUAAGGACUGACUUAAGUGGGAUAAUGCUUAUUUAAAGGUGUGGUGCUGAUGAGACCUCACUAGUGCUUGUUCCUAGAGGGCUGGGUCAAAAGCAAAAGCUUCCCAGCCUGCCACACAUCUUGUGGACCCUUUAAACCCAAUUUCGAGCAAAAACAUCCUCGCUGCACGCUUCCACAGAACAUGAUUAAUACAUUGGUACCUCGGGUUAAGUACUUAAUUCGUUCUGGAGGUCCGUUCUUAACCUGAAACUGUUCUUAACCUGAAGCACCACUUUAGGUAAUGGGGCCUCCUGCUGCCGCCGCGUGAUUUCUGUUCUCAUCCUGAAGCAAAGUUCUUAACCCAAGGUAUUAUUUCUGGGUUAGCGGAGUCUGUAACCUGAAGCAUAUGUAACCUGAGGUACCACUGUAGUACAAUCCUAACCACAUCUUUCAGAACCUGGCUGUGAGCUGGCGAUGGAGUCAGGAGGAGGAGCCACAAUGCAGGACUUCCUACUAGACGCCUUAGAGGAUCUUGGCCAAGAAGAUUUUGAGAAGUUUAAGUUUAAGUUGCGUACUGCAGCAGCUCCCGGGGGUAAGAAUAUUCCACUUGGACGGAUGGAGAAGGCAACUCGGGAGAAGAUGGUGGAGCUUCUGGUUGAGUUUUAUGAGGAAGAGGCUGCUGCCCUGAUGAUAACUAUUUUUGAAGACAUUGGUCUCAAGUACAAUGCUUCUAAACUCAGCAAGGAGGUUGGGAAGCAAUUUCAAGAUUACAAAAAAAAGUAUGCUGAGAAUGUGAAGGAAGAAUACUUGCUAACAGAGGACAGAAACAGUCUCUUUGGUGAGAGCACCCCAUUGAAUGCCUGCUAUAUAGAGUUACUUAUCAUCAAAAAACACCGGCCUCAGAAGCAGAGGGAACAUGAAUUGGUUGCUACUGGCAGGCUGCACAUGGACAUCUUGGAAACCAACAGUUCAAAUUAUUCAUCAACUGAUAUACAAAGCCUUUUUGAACCUGAUGAAUCGGGAAUAGCCCCAAGAACCGUGGUGUUGCAAGGACCAGCUGGUAUUGGUAAAACGAUGACUGUGCAAAAGAUUAUGCUGGGCUGGGCUGCUGGGGAGCUGUACCAGGACGUCUUUGACUACGUGUUCUGUAUUCGCUGCAGAGAACUAAGCCUUGCUGAAGAUGCCAGCAGCCUGGCUGACCUUAUUGUAGAUCAGUGUCAAGACAUGUAUGCCCCAGUGAAAGGGAUUUUAGCCCGCCCUGAAAAGCUGCUUUUCAUCAUUGAUGGCUUUGAUGAGCUUUGUUGCUCCUUAGAGCUCAUAGGAGACAGUUUCUGUGAUGAUCCUUAUUCAAAGAUGUCCAUACAGGGUGUUCUGAGCAGCUUGUUGAGAAAGAAGCUUUUGCCCAAAUCCUACUUGUUAAUCACCACAAGACCUGGAGCUGCAGAGAAGCUGCAUGGGUGCUUGAAGUUUCCGAGAUUUGCUGAGAUCCUUGGAUUCACUGAGAAAGGUCGCCGUGAGUAUUUUUUCAAGUUCUUUAAAGAUGAUCAGAAAGCCAACCUAGCACUGAGAUUCAUUGAAAAUACCAAUGCAGUCUCCACCAUCUGCUUCAUCCCUAUGGUGUGCUGGAUCAUCUGCUCUGUCAUCAGAGUUGAACUGGAAACUGAAGACGAGAUUGCAGACACCUUGGACACCACAACAAAAGUCUUUGUACAGUUUUCUCACAAUCUUCUUAAGCAUGAUUCUGCGAAAUGGAAGAACUCCUCUCUGAAUGAGCUCGGAAGGCUCUGUUCCUUGGCACGGGCUGGCAUCCUGGGACAGAAAAUCCUCUUUGAGGAGCAGGAUCUCAAGGAGCAUCAUUUGGAGGUUUCUGCUCUUAAAGACAUCUUUCUAGAUAGAAGAACAUUCCAAAGGGGGAUUGGCCGGCACAACCUGUACAGUUUUCUCCAUCUCUGCUUCCAGGAGUUUUUUGCUGCCAUGUGGUAUAUUCUGCAGAAGGACUCAACGGAAGUUUCAGAUAACAGUAUGGGGGACUUGAAGACACUUUUAGCUGAGUGCGAGAAGCCAGGCAAUGAGCAUUUAACAUUAACAGUAUGCUUCGUAUUUGGCCUGAGCAGUGAAAAGGUGCGCAUCUUUCUUGAGCAGACUCUGCAGUGCAAGACAUCUGACCUUGUGAAGCCUUUUUUGCUUCAAAGAGCAGAAGAAGUGGCGACUGAGGAGCCUCCUCGAAAAGGUCAUUGCCUGCUGAAGUUUUUCCACUGCCUGUUUGAGACCCAGGAAGCAGAAUUUGCAAACCGUGUGAUGCAUCAUUUCCAGAAUAUUAACCUUUCUUACCAGAUGCUCUCGGUGCUGGACUGCAGGGUUUUGGCGUUCUGCUUACAGCACAGUAAAAUCGAGGAUCACUCCAUUGAUCUAACAUUUUGCAGGCUGAAGUCUUACCACAUGAGAGCUUUGGCUCCAGGAAUAAAAAACUGUACAACUUUAAACUUUGGAAGUAACAAACUUGGAAACUCAGGAGUGCAUGUUCUCUGUGCCACUCUGAAGGAACUAGACUGUAAUGUGACUACUCUAGAUCUCGAUGAGAAUUACCUCACAGAUGCUUGCGCCCAAGAACUUUGCACCAUUCUGAGCACCAGCCACACGCUCCACACCCUAAACCUUCAAGACAACUCCUUCUCAGAGGUUUCUGUGCCUUUCAUCCGCCACCUCAUGGAGACCUGUCCCAGCCUGACUGUUCUGUGGUUGGGUAGUAAUGGAUUUGAUGAAAAAGGAAGGAAACGCUUGAAACAGCAAGAGAAGAAGUUAACUAAGUCAGGACGUCCUUUUUUGUUGUGGCUGUGACACAUUCUAAUUUGUAUGCUCUGGAUCAACAGCAGUCAUGUUACCAAAGGGCAGCAUUGUACUGAAUCAAGUAAACAUGCUUGUAGCUGCAGGAUGGGAGUUCUAGAGCUGAAGAUUUUUUGAAAAGAAAGAAAGGCAGCUUUAAGGCUCAGAUGCAGAGCUGCCAACUUUAGUUGUUGAAAAUGCUUCCCAAACCGGAAGGAUGAAAUGAGCCGUCACUGGAUUAAAAAAAGUAAGCACUUUGAUCAGCUAUCUGAUUAUUAUUUUUUUAGUAUUUUCUUACUCAACCUAGCAGCCUUAUUUUAAUUUCACUUUAAUUUGUAUACCACCUUUCUAUAUUGCUCUACAGAAGGCAGUUUACAAGCUGAAGAAACAACAAAAUUAAACAACACAGAUCACAAAUCUUAUUAACAAUCCAAUCCAACACAAAUAAGGCAAAUAAAAAAAAAUGGCUUAAAACCAACAACUUAUAUCCAAUAAAGUAAUAUUCAACAAUCCAUUAGAAUAUAAUAGCACACUAUAAAAUUAAAUUUCAAAAUACCAACAAAUAACAAUUAAAUAGAAAUCCACUAUCAACAAUUACAAUAAAUCAUUACUUAAAUUAUAAAGAUAACAGCAAAAUUACAAUACAUAAGAUACUGCAAUACAUAAAAAUUCUUGUAAAAAGAUCAAAUUGAGCAGCAGGGGCACAUAGUUUAUGAAAUUUAUUAAAAGAUUCCCCCUUCCCCAGGUCACACAAAACUCCUCUCUUCCAGCUGCUUUUGCUGUUCUUAAAGCAAAGGCUGUUGAGAAAGGCUAUUGCUCAGCUGGACGCAAUUAAGGGCAGGCAAAAUGAGGCUCUUUUGCUGUUCUUCACACUUCCCAGCCAAGGGAGCUGACAAGAUGCUGAGGCAGUUGUAGUUGUUAAAAUGAAAUGAAGAAGCAAGGUGUUAUGGCUACUCACAUCUCCAUGAGUGGAUAGAAACUAAAUAUUCUCAUAGCUUUAUUACAAGUCCUGCAAUUUUUGUCCACUAAUGUGAAAGUUGGCAACCAUGUUAUGGUAUCUACUAGGGUUGCCAUAUUUUGAAGAUCA